AUGCACUUCACUCCUCUCCUCGCUCUCGCUUCCAGCGCCGCUCUGAUUGCGGCUGCUCCCGCACCCGUCAACAUCGGCAUCGAUGACGUUAUCCUCCACGGCAACGGCCGCUUCACCGUGAUGAAGCGCUCCGACUUUGAAGAGCUGGAAGCCGCGCGCAAGUCCGGCGUGGUACCUCCCAAGCCCGCCUACCUGGACGCGAACCACUACUCUGGCAACGAGACGGGCGUGCCAGCCAAGAAGACGCUCAAGCGCGAUACCCAAAUCAUCAUUCCCAACCCCAACUCGCGUUUCCUCGGCUGGGACGUGCAGGUGAGCCAGGUGACCAAGGGAGCACCGACCACCAUUGCCGUCGCCUCUGGCUUCUCCAUUAGCAACACCAUUUCCGUCGGCAUGAGCAGCACUUUGACGCUGGUCAAGGACUUCCUCCAGGUCGCCAUGUCGGUUGACUACAGCCAGUCGUGGCAGACGACGCAGACGCAGACCUUUACUGCUACGGUGCCCGAGGGCAAGUACGGCGCUUUCGUCACCAACCCGUGGACCGACCGUGCCAGUGGAAAUGUCUGGAGCGGUACUAUUGGCGGUGAUGGAGAGCUGUCUUACUAUCAGGCUGACUCGUUCACGUCAAAGCAAUAUGACAGCAUGGAGUGGGUCGAUGGUGUUACUAGCCUCUGCGUAGGCGACACAGUUCCUCUCCCAAGGUGCCUGGGUGAGGGUACUUUGUAG